GGCAGGGGAGGGGGGGCGCCCAUUGUUGCGCCGGGUACUUAAGGGGUCCUGAGGCCGGUCGUGUGCCACACUCGGCGCUCACACGAGCUGAUCUGAUCGCCGGCGACAUCACUCGGGAGACCGGCCGGGCGCGUGGCCCCUGCAAGCGAGGCCAAGUUCCCCGUACGCCCCUGCGCCCUUCCGGCCCGCGCGCCCGCACAGGGCAGAGUAACCCCGGGCCGUUCGGGACGUAAGUGCGCCCCAGCUGCCGUGCCCUCAGCCCCGGCGGGCUCCUGCUCUCUAGGCGCCCUCUCGUCCGUCCGUGCGUCCGGCUCAGCGCCAAGAUGCCAGCGCCUCUGGAGACCUGCCUGUCCGACCUCGACUGCGCCAGUAGCAGCGGUGGCAGCGGCGGCCACCUGUCCGGCUUCCUCACCGACGAGGACGAUUGUGCCAGGCUCCAGCCGCCGGUCUCGGCCUCGGGGCCGCCCGCGCCGGCCCGCAGGAGCGUGCCUGGGGUCUCCGGGGCGCCGGGCGUUGCGGACGCGCAGGACCAUGAGCAGGAGCGGCGGCGGCGCCGCGGCCGCGCGCGCGUGCGUUCCGAGGCGCUGCUGCACUCGCUGCGCAGGAGCCGGCGGGUCAAGGCCAACGACCGCGAGCGCAACCGCAUGCACAACCUGAACGCGGCGCUGGACGCGCUGCGCAGUGUGCUGCCCUCCUUCCCCGACGACACCAAGCUCACCAAGAUCGAGACGCUACGCUUCGCCUACAACUACAUCUGGGCCCUGGCCGAGACCCUGCGCCUGGCGGAUCAAGGGCUGUCCGGGGGCGGCGCCCGGGAGCGUCUCCUGUCGCCACAGUGCGCCCCCUGCCUGCCUGGGCCCCCGAGCCCGGCCAGCGACGCCGAGUCCUGGGGUUCCGCGCCCGCCGCCUCCCCCUGCGCAGCCGCCGCCUCGCCGCUGUCCGACCCCAGCAGCCCGGCCACCUCCGACGACUUCGCCUACGGCCCCGGCGACCCCCUCUUCUCCUUCCCCAGCCUGCCCAAGGACUUCCUCCACACGACGCCCGGCUUCAUCCCUUACCAUUAAGCCCGUGGUAGACACGGCCGCCACCCCCGCCCCCAGGCCGUCGGGACCCCAGCUGCCUCCCGGGGGCGCCGGGAGGAAGCGAGGGCUCGAGGGGCGGCGGAUACCGGAGCCCUGCGCCCCCGCCGGCUGCGCCCGGGUCCGUUUGCGCAGCCCUCAGCCCCGGGGCCCCUGCUGCCCGCCCCAAGUCGGACUUGGCUUUUGCACUUUGUGAACUCCACAAAACCGCCUUUGUGGCGGGCCAGGAGCUGACCCCGGCCAGCACUCCAGUGUGAUUUAGAAAAGCGACGGAUCAGCCCCCGAAGACGAGGUGAAAAGUCAAUUUUACAAUUUGUAGAGCUCUAAUGAAGAAAAACGAGCAUGAAAAUUCGGUUCGAGCCGGCUGACAACACGAUGAAGAGGCUGGAAAGGGCGGCGACGAGGAGGGGGCUCCGCGCACCCAUGCAGACGCCGGGCUGCAGAGUGCUUUAAUUUAUUCGAGAUGCUUCGUUCAUAUGAAAGUGUAUUUUUGUACAUAAAGAGUUUAUUCUAUUAUUAUGAACUAUCAAAGUUUACAUUUUUGUACUGCAGAUGGUCGGUGUAAAUAAAAAAUAAGUAAAAUUAAAAAAAAAAAAGUCCCUGGUUUCUGGCCUACUGCUAGUGUCUCCAUCCCUCCUUCCCUACCCCCCAUCCCCGCCGCCGCUGCUGGCUCAGCCCCUGCUGUGAACACGACCCCACCCAGCUCCAGCCUCCAGUCCGGUUCCAAAACAACCAAAAAUAAAACGUGCCUGAUUUCCCCCAUGAGACAGAUAAAGACAGACCCGGGUGUUCGGGCUCUGUCUUUUCCUUUCUCCUUGUAAACUCCAGGGGGAUCUUUCAGGCCCCCGUGAACCAACCAA